UAAAACCCAAAAGUCACGUUUCCCCGAAUUAAGUAAGUAGCCUCCUCCUCUUCCCCAUCUCUCUCUGUCUCUCUUUCUCAAAACUCUUUCUCCAAAAAUGGCAGAGCCAAGUUUCUAUAUUGGAGUCAUAGGAAAUGUAAUCUCCGUUCUCGUCUUCCUCUCACCAGUGGAGACGUUUUGGAAAAUAGUGAAGCGGAGAUCGACGGAGGAGUACAAAAGCUUGCCAUAUAUUUGCACGUUGCUAGGAUCGUCUUUAUGGACAUAUUACGGCAUCGUUACUCCCGGAGAGUAUCUUGUUUCCACCGUCAAUGGAUUUGGUGCUUUUGUUGAAACCAUCUACGUUUCACUUUUUCUCUUUUAUGCCCCUCGACAUCUCAAGUUGAACACAAUAAUAGUGGUAGCGAUGUUGAACGUAUUCUUCCCAAUCGUAGCGAUUGUAGCAACGAGAAGUGCGUUUGAAGAUGAGAAGAUGCGUUCUCAAUCGAUAGGUUUCAUAUCUGCUGGUCUAAACAUUAUAAUGUAUGGUUCUCCUCUUUCUGCUAUGAAAACAGUAGUGACGACAAAGAGCGUGAAAUACAUGCCGUUUUGGUUGUCGUUUUUUCUCUUCUUAAACGGCGCGAUUUGGGCUGUUUAUGCUUCACUCCAACACGACGUCUUCUUACUCUGUCUCAUAGUCUUUGGCUUUGGACAUACACAAAAGAACAAAACACGAAAACUCAACGAAUCUAUUUCAAUCGACCCCAUGUCUCUUUAAUAUUCCAACAAGAACUUUAAAAUGUAUUGUCUUUUUCAUGACACCUAGUUUAUAAGGAAAAAAAAAAUCUCUGGAAGAAAAUGUAGAUUUAUAUGCAUAAUGUUUUUUUAAGAAAUUUAAAAAUGUGGACUCCAAGCCUCCAACAUCAAACAAAUGAUUUUAUGUGGUGAUGUUUACAAACAAUUAGUCUUUUUAGAAAAUUAAAGUGUAUGGUCUACAAUAUGAAACAACUACUAUUUCCUGGGGUCUUUUUCCUAAUGCGUCUUCUUGAGGUUUUGGAUAGGUGUUUGAAAUUUUGAUUGAUUAUGCUGUUGAGAAUA